UCUAUGGUUGGACACAUUAAAUAAUUAGAAGUCCACCUCGAAUGGUGGGUGGAGAAUCUGUUCCUUGAUUGUGGGUGAAUUAAAUUUGAAUGUUCUUGGAGAUUAUUCACAAAUGCAUACUCGGAAAAUGCUCUCAAGUUUGUAAUUACUAGAGAACUUAUAAAGGCGAAGGUAAAAUGUCAGCAGCAGGGACUCCUUCAGCCGACCCAUGGGUCAUAGUUAGUCGGGAAAGAAGUAGGUACGAAGAUCAAUUCAGAGGCUUAAAACCGAUCGACGGAAUUAUUACCGGCGAACAGGCCAAAGGCUUCCUGCUACAAUCGCAGCUACCCCCCGCGACUCUCGGCCAGAUAUGGGCGCUGGCCGACACAAAUGCAGACGGUAAAAUGGACAUUAACGAAUUCUCGAUCGCGUGCAAACUCAUAAAUCUGAAACUGCGCGGAUUCGAAAUCCCGAAAGUUCUCCCGCCAACUCUAAUCGCCUCGCUGCGGAUGCACAACCCGCCCGCCAUACCGCCGCUACCCGCCGUGCCAUCCGUACAGCAGCCUCCCUUGAUUCCCCUCAACCAAAUCCCCCCAACUGUCAUUCCAACAGGAAUCGUGCCUCCGAUGCAAAGCGGUCUGCCCGCCACCCAAAGCUUCGUACAGCCGGCGGUGGCUCAGCCCCUGGUAAAUUUUGGAGCCCCCUUAAUAGCUCCCCCGAUCGUCGCGCCGUUAAUCGCGACUGCACCCUCCCCUCCGUUAGUAGCCAGUGUUAAUCUACCUCUCGGCGGAAGUGUAAUUCCGCCAGCGGUACCUGGAGCGCCGAUUUUACCUUCAGCUCCGAGUUCUGUACAUAGCAAUACUAGUACACCGAGAGCUAGUAUUACUAGUAUGGAUCGUGCAGCUUCAAUAGACUCACCACUCGUCGACUGGUCAGUUCCGCAUCAAACAAAAUUAAAGUACACGCAAAUUUUUAACACGACCGAUAGAUCGCGCAGUGGCUACUUGUCGGGCGUACAAGCUAGAAACGUGAUGGUGCACACGAAGUUGUCCCAAAACAUACUCGCCCAAAUAUGGGCCUUGUCCGAUAUGGACUCGGACGGACGUUUGGGCUGCGAGGAAUUCGUCCUGGCGAUGCACCUCUGCGAGCAGGCGCUGCAAGGCGUACAGCCUCCCGUUACACUACCCCCCGACCUGAUCCCGCCCUCGUUCAGACGGGGCGCGAGGACAAACUCCGUUUCGAGCCAGGGCAGCGGUCACGUGGAGCAGGAUCCCGCGUCGACGCUACCGACGACGACCUUCGAGGACAAACGCAAGGAGAACUUCGAGAAGGGGCAGGCGGAAUUGGACCGGAGGCGGAAGAUGCUGCUGGAUCAGCAGAGAAAGGAGGCGGAGGAGAGGGAGAGAAAGGAGAGGGAGGAGAUCGAGAGGCGCGAGAAGGCGAGGCAGGAGGCGGAACGACGUCGGAUGGACGAACUCGAAAAGCAGAUGAGGGAGCAGCAGGAGCAGGAGAGGAUGAAGGAGGAGGAGAGGAAGCGGCAGGCCGAACAACGAGAGGCGGCGAGAAGGGAAAUGGAGCGGCAGCGACAAUUAGAAUGGGAAAAACAACGUUCACAGGAAUUGCAGCAGCAACGCCAGCGAGAACAGGAAGCGGUCCUUAAACUGAAAGCGAAGAACCAAAGUUUAACCAUCGAGUUGUCAUCGUUGAACGAGAACAUCAAGGAACUAUCGCAGAAGAUAUGCGACACUCGCGUGGGAGUAUCGAACGUCAAGACAACCAUCGACGGCAUGCGAUCGACCCGAGAUGCCCAAAUGCAAGAGAUGUCCCAACUGAAGAACAAGCUCAAGGAGCAGAACGCGAAACUGCUCGCGCUCUCGCAGGAGAAGGUGAAACUGGACGCGAAGAAUAAGCUGAACCAAUCGGGCGACGCGGAUCAGAAGCAGGCGUUCGACAACAAGGAGAUAACGAUCAAGAAUUUGAGGGAGAAGGUCGAGGACCUGCAGUCGCAGAUCGACGGCAAGAUGAACGACAUCGAGAACAAUAACUCGCAGCUGAACGAUCUUCGCACGCAGCUCGCCCAACUUUUGGGCGAAUGCGAGAAGCUGUACCAGAUUUACGAGCAGAAACGCGACACCGUGCUGGAGAUGAAGAGCGCGGGCAAAUCGAAUUUCAAUACCGCGUGGAAGACGGAAAGCGACUGGGGCACGGAGAGCGCGACCGAUUGGCCCGUUGACAAUUGGGCGACGGGCGCUCCUGCGGCGGCGCCGAACGACGGCGAGGUUAUACUCGCCGCCGCGGUUAAAUAUCGCGCGCUGUACGAGUUCGUCGCGAGAAAUUCGGACGAAAUAUCAUUUCAACCCGGUGAUAUUAUUAAUGUACCGAUUGAGCAGACGGGAGAGCCUGGUUGGUUAGCGGGCGAAAUUAAGGGACAUACAGGUUGGUUUCCGGAAUCGUACGUUGAGCCAAUGGAUGGUGUCGGCGUGGGGAGUAGAGUUUCGCAGGCGGAAGCUCAACCUGUGGUGGAGGAAAUUGAGCCUAAGCGUUUAGAAGGCAUAGCCGAGAUACCCGAAACGGGAAUUGACAAUAGCGAACCGCCGCCUGAAAUUUCGGAGCCGGUGGCAGUUCAACCGACCGCAGUCGAGGAAAUAGUCGAACACUGUAUCGCGAGCUACCCCUACCAGUCGGUCGAACAGGGCGAUCUCAGUUUCAACGCCGGCGACAUCAUCGCCGUCGUGAAAAAGGAAGGGGACUGGUGGACCGGUAAGGUCGGCAACAACGUCGGUAUAUUUCCCUGCAAUUACGUACAGAAAUACGAUCCUGACAAUCCUCCCGCCCCUCCGGCCGUAACUUCGGUUCCUACCGAAAUCGCGCCCGCUGCGGUUACCACCCCCACCGACUGUAGCGCCUCCCAAUUCGACAACGAGGUGUCACAAAUUAUUGAAAGCAAAUCCGAAAAGUCGCCCGACUACCCCAGCUCGAACACGCAAACAAUGAAGAGUACCAAGAAGCCGGAAAUAGCGUCGGUCAUCGCUCCGUAUCAAUCUUCCAGUCCCGAACAGUUGUCCUUGCAAAGAGGGCAGCUGAUCAUGAUUAGGAAGAAGACCGAUUCCGGCUGGUGGGAGGGCGAGCUGCAGGCGAAAGGUCGAAAGCGACAGGUCGGCUGGUUUCCGGCGAGUUACGUUAAAAUUUUAAACAGCAGCGGAAGAACGAGCGGUCGCAGCACGCCCGUUUCCACAACGAGGAUACAACAGGAAGUCGUUAUAGAUAAAGUCGUCGCACUGUAUCCGUACACAGCCGCAAACCCCGACGAGCUCAGCUUCCUAAAGGACGACAUUAUUAGCGUGACCGCCAGAGAAGAGCCGUCGUGGUGGCGCGGCGAACUGAACGGCGUCUCGGGAUUGUUUCCCAGUAACUACGUGGCUCCAUUACAGCAGUCCGUCGAACCUGAGGAUAAAAUGCGUUUAGAGUGCAUAAACGAACUGAUCCAAACAGAAAAAUCGUACAUCGACGACAUGACCGUCGUGUACGAGGUCUUCGAGAUUCCUUUACGCCAAAGUAAAGUCGUAAGCAACGAAGAGAUUCGGGGAAUAUUCGUCAAUUGGCAGGAAAUUUUGCAGUGCAAUCGCAACUUCCUGUCGGACCUGACGAACCGUCGCAGUUCCGGCAGUACCAUAAUAGGCGAUGUGAUCUGCGAGCACCUACCGCUGAUGACGGCCUACAUCACCUUCUGCAGCCAGCAGCUCGAAAGCGCCGCGCUCCUCCAGAAACUCACCGAGACGUCGCCGGCGUUCCGAAACGUCGUCAAGCAGUGCCAGAGCAACCGAUUUACGCGAGGCAUGCCGCUCAGUUCCUUUCUCAUCAAACCCAUGCAGAGGAUCACCCGAUAUCCGCUGCUCAUAAGCAAAAUUUUGGAGCACACCCCGACCACCUCGACGGGUACGCAUCGAUCGAUCUCGUUUCCGCUGUUAAUCGACUUUGUAGAUCAUCAAUUCUUAGUCGAGGCUUUGAAUUUGGCUGACGACUUUUUGAAACGCUUAAACGAGAAUGUAAGACUGAAGGAGAACGAGGAAAGAUUGGAGUGGCUGCAAAGUAAUGUCAUAUUAAACGAUCUUGUGAUCAAUUUCAAUGGUGAUACGAAUAAACUAGGUCCCAGAAAGAUUUUACACUAUGGAAUUCUAACCAAAGUUAAAAGUGGCAAAGAGCUCGUCGGAUUCUUGUUCAACGACUUUUUGCUAUUAGUGCAACCGAGUAAGGCAUCGGGCGCGACCCAGUUCAAUUUUCAGCGCAACAGCAACGUCCUCUACAAGAUCUACAAACAGCCGAUACUUGUGAAAGAUCUCACCGCGACGAAAGUCAGUACCGAUAACGUCGAGAGCGGUACCGAUGCGAACCGCGUUUUGAAAGUACAAGAUAAGAAGCAGACGAUCGCGCUGUUGACGUCUUCGGCGAACGAGUGCAGCUUGUGGCUGAGAAGGAUAGAGGAUGCGAAGAAGAAGUAUCUCAAGAUUGUGUCUUUCACGAAGUCGCGACCUAAAUCGACGAUACAAGGUGGGGUUUCGUGUGGUCGUCUGCUGGUGCUUGUGCAGAAGGGAACUCGCUUCAUUAGGGCCGGUAAACUGCACACCGAUAACAUCUACUGCAAAGUGACCGUCAACGACCAGGAGCACCUUACCGACGUCGCGACGGACAACGUCAUCAACGGCAAUGUGAUACAAAACGGAGUCGUACCAGCCUCCCUGCUCGUGUGGAAUUACAGCAUGCAGUUCUUGAUUAAGAACAUCAACGAAGAAGUUCUAUCAAUUGUCGUACUGGAGAUGUGCCCAUUUCAGCCCGACGAGUUUCUGGGAAGGGCCGAGCUGAAGGUUUUGGAUAUCUAUCACGAGGCGCAGAACACCAACGGACCAAUCGAGAAAAAGUUGAUCUUACAUCAGGUCGAAUCGGGCGAGCUCACUAUUAAAUUGGACUUGCACAUGUUCACCAACGACUACUGAAAUGGCACGGAUUCAUUUUUUUACCUAAGCUAAGUUUUAUGUAUUAUACCGAUCUAAUUUAGUAGAUAUUCUUCGACUAUUAGUGUGACAAUCAGUUAGCGUUUCUAGCUUACGGUGUUAUUUUCUUGAGAGGGGGUGUUUUGUGCCCGGAACGUGCUAUGCCUUUCCCAAACAGAAACACGCUGACAUUUGGCCAUGGUCUUCGAUUCCAGAGUUGUUUGUCUACCUUGGACCGGUUUUAGUGCUAGGUACAGCUGUCAUUUUCAAGGAUCACAUUUAUCUAUUGUGUCAAAGCGUCAUUUUUUUUGUCCUGACCCAAUUGUUCUGCACAUAAACGAAACUGAAUUACCCGCUCGUUUAAAGUCAUUAAAGAAAUACUUUCCUGUAAAAUUAUGCCGUCGGCUAGCUCACUAUAACGGAAUUUUUAACGGAACUUCUCGAAUAAUUGAUCUAUUUCUCUCUCUUUGAAAAGUUUAACAAUUUGGGGAGGGUCGAAGACCGGGAGGUCUUGGGGGGUACGGAAUACCCCCAGCACGUGAUAAUUCACGUUGAGCCGCGAGCGAAGUUAAGUUGACCACCUGUAAUUUAUCGUUGGAUGGAUUUUAUUUCGUGUUAUUCGAACUCGGGUCAAGCAGAUCACCUGUAAUUUAACGACGGGUCUUUUUAUAUUGGUAUGACACUAUAGUAAUCGAAAAAAGUAAUAUAGGCGUCAUCUGCUCUUUUUGGAUCGAACCAGUAUACAUUCCAGGAAAGAAAUAUUUCGUGAAUCUCCCUCACGAAUUGUUAUUGGAAUUCCGAGACUCUUUUUUCGUGGAAUGUAUACUGUGUGUCGUUGGGGGGUAUUCCAUACCCCCCCAGACCCCCUCGGUCUUAGACUCGUCCCCAAAUUUUUAAACCUUCACUACUCUGGUGACCAUUUUUUAAGGGAGGAUAUUUUUGAUAUUUUUUAAACGUUUCGGAGGACAACACAGCAGCAGAGGGAAUUUGGGAGUGGAAUACCUUUCUGGUCCACAAAUUUCGAUAGCCCUCCCUGAAAAAUGAUCGCAAGAGUGGUGAACGUUUACCAAUUUGGGGAGGGUCGAAGACCGGGAGGUCUUGGGAGGUACGGAAUACCCUCCAGCACGUGAUAACUCACGAUGAGUAGCGAGCGAAGUUAAGUUGACCACUUGUAAUUUAUCGAUGGAUGGAUUUUAUUUCGUGUUAUUCGAACUCGGGUCAAGCAGAUCACCUGUAAAUUGACGACGGGUCUUUUUAUAUUGAUAUGACACUAUAAUAAUCGAACAAAAAAGUAAUAUAGGCGUCAUCUGCUCUUUUUGGAUCAAACUAGUUUACAUUUCAGGAAAGAAAUAUGUCGUAAAUCUCCCUCACUAAUUGUUAUUGGAAUUCCGAAACUCUUUUUUCGUGGAAUCACUACUCUUGGUGAUCAUUUUUUAAGGGAGGACAUCGAAUUUUUGUUAUUUUUUAAACGUUUCUGAGGACAACACAUCAGCGAAGGGAAUUUGGGAGUUGGACACCUUUCCGGUCCACAAAUUUCGAUAGCCUUCCCUGAAAAAUGAUCACAAGAGUGGUGAACUUUUAAAAAUUUGGGGAGGGUCUAAGACCGGGAGGUCUUGGGGGUACAAAAUACCCCCCAGCACGUGAUAACUCACGUUGAACCGCGAGCGAAGUUAAGUUGACCACCUGUAAUUUAUCGUUGGAUGGAUUUUAUUUCGUGUUAUUCGAAUUCGUGUCAAGCCGUUAGCGCAGUUAAGGCGAUCACCUGAAAUUUGACGACGGGUCUUUUUACAUUGGUAUGACACUUUAAUUUGUCAGAAUAGAUGGGCUUUGCGGCGUAUUUCUUACGACUUCUUAGAACGACUGGAAUUGGCUCGAAAAUCGACUAUUGAAUGCAGGCGACGGAUUACGUUA